AUGUCAAUGCUAAGAAGCUUUAGCACGAGGACAAGAAGCCGUCGUGGAGGCUACGAGCGAGUGAGUGAUGAUUCUACUUUCAGUUUACUCGGAGCAAAGCUAAGAAGAUCGACGAGUGUUCCUUACUACGCACCAUCGAUAAAGCUUGGUGCUGGUGGUGUUCCGACCAUUCUCGAGGAGCUUCCACGUCAGAAAUCCAAGAAAGUCAAACCACCAACCAAAUUCAGCCACCCGAUCUUUAGCUUUUUAUACGGAAAGAAGAAGAAGUCGACGACGACGAAGCCUGAGUUUUCUAGGUAUCUUGAGUAUUUGAAGGAAGGUGGCAUGUGGGAUGCGAGAACUAAUACCCCUGUUAUUUACUACAAGUAG